GAGUUCCCACUCCCGUAUUUUGGUAUGACAACGUGGGGGAGAGCGGCAUGACAACGUGGGCAGGGAGAACUCACGGAAACCGUCCUUCAAGAGGGGGGACAAGAGCUUGGGACGUGAAGAAUACGAGGCAAAGAAGAAGUCUUUUGUGCCGAAGGGUGGAUGCUUCGUGUGCAAGGGACCACACACCAUGAAGGACUGUCCUAAGCUAGGAUCGUUGUUUGCCAUAGUGGAACGACAAGAAGCGGAGGCCCGAGAGGAGGAGACGAGCAAGAUAGGGUCGCUCCAAAUCCUUAAUGCUCUCAAGGCGAAGCCGAUGCCAAAGACGACAAGCAAGGGGCUCAUGUACGUCGAGGCAUACAUAAAUGGAAAACCAACAAGGGCGUUGGUUGACACGGGUGCGACGCACAACUUCGUGAAUGAGGAGGAGGCCAAGAGGGUUGGUCUUCAAUGGACGAAGGGCGAGGGUUGGCUGAAGGCGGUGAAUGCAAAGGCGCAACCCCUGAACGGCUUAUCCCGAGGCGUGGACCUACGUCUAGGCACUUGGAAGGGCCAAGUGGACUUUUCGGUGGCACCGAUGGACGAUUUCAAGGUUGUUCUAGGGAUGGACUUCCUGAGGCAGGUAACCGCAAUCCCUAUGCCAUCAUUCAGCACGGUUUACAUCCUUGAGAAGGGUUCACCAUGCAUGGUGCCGACAUUGGAGACUCCCAAUGAGCGGCCAAACGGCGGGGCUAAGACUUUGUCGGCUAUGCAAGUAGCCAAGGGGGUAAAGAAGGGAGAGCCGACCUUCUUAGCCGUACUUAAGGUGGACGACAAGAUGGAAGGGCACGUUGUCAGAUAUUGAGAUGAAAGUCAUUAGUUGAUUCGUUCUAGAUCAUUAUAUUUCGCUGUUAUGGCUUUCCGCUUUGCAUGUUUAAUUUGGCAGGUUAGUGAUUCGAUCUAUUGCAUUUGGGAUUAAAUAAAAAGAAUCAUUAAA